AUGGGGCGCCGGGCGCGGCUCGCCGGGCUGGAGCGCGCCGGCAGCGAGGUGGAGCUGGAGCUCGCGGCGUGCGCCGCGGCCGCCAAGCUGAAGUCGGAGAUGUCCCUCCGCUUCCCCCAGCAGUACCGCGGGAUCACGCUCGGGGAGCUCCGGGACUUCUACCACCAGAACAGGGAGUUCAUCGAAGAGAAGGUGUGGCGCUGCUCCUCGUGCGCCACGACUCCAUGGGCCUUCAAGUUCUCCGGCGGGCCCGCGGCCCUCCAGCGCGAGUGGUAUGACGCAGGCACCCACGCCGGGCGGCGGCAGUACUUCAACCUCGAGGGCGGCACCAUCAAGUGGGGCACCUCGUCUGGGAAGGCGGCGUGGGUGCUCUGCCUUGGCAGCGUCCCCACCUACUACAACACUGGAAACCACCCGCCCACCAUUGGUUGGAUCUCGCUGGUGGAGCCUCACCCGGGCCACAUCACCAUGAAGGAUGCCGUGUUCGAGGUGGUGCGCGGCGCCGAAUAUUGCGCCCGCUGCUACGGCAGGAAGGGGAAGUGGGAGACCAAGAACAUGCACGAGGUUGCUGAACGGCUGUCAGACCGCAGUGCGAGCCGCUCCGGAUCUCCUAUGCCGAGCUCCUCGCGCAGAGGAUUCCGGGUCGCGGUCUCGCGGCGCGGAAGAAUUCGGGGGGGUACGUCAGGUCGGCGCAGCCAGGCACCGGGGUGA